AUGGGAGGGUUCAGUUCAAAAAAGAAAGAAUCAGUGAAGAUUGUUUGUUGUGGUCUGGACAACAGCGGAAAAUCAACGAUAAUUAAUCAUUUAAAACCAAAGAAAGAACGAGAAUCAAAUGUUGUUCCGACGAUUGGUUACAGUCAAGAAUCGUUUGAUUUUGAAAAACUGAACUUCACUGUUUUUGAUAUGAGUGGCCAGGGAAAAUAUCGGAAUCUUUGGGAAAGUUUUUAUGGUGAGGUAGACGGUGUAAUAUUUGUUGUAGAUAGUGCUGACAGAGUUAGAAUUGCAGUAGCAGAAGAUGAAAUGAAAAUUUUGUUAAAAGAAAUUAAGGAUCGACCAAUUCCAAUUCUGUUCUUUGCCAACAAACAAGACUUGGCCAACUCUUUGUCUGCCUCAGAGGUUUCUGAAUCUCUAAAAUUGCAUGAAAUACAAAACAAGAGUUGGACAAUAAUUGCUUCAAACGCUCUGGUGGGCGAUGGUAUUGCUGACGGAGUUAAAUGGCUGAGCGAUGAAAUUCGAAAAAAGCUUUCGAAAUAG